AUGCCUUUCAUUUCACUUGCCAAUGUCUUAGAGGGUGUUGGAGUUAGUGCCUACCUUGGGGCGGCUGCUUCCAUUGCCAAUAAGACAUACCUCACCGCGGCAGGGAGUAUCCUCACUUCAGAGGCCCGCCACAAUGCCUACCUUCGCGCAGCACUAGGCCAGAUCCCUUUUGCGCAGCCUUUCGAUAAUCCCCUUGAUUUCAAUGAGGUUUACACCGUUGCCUCGCCUUUCAUUACUUCGUGCCCUUCGAGCAACCCGCAGCUUCCAGUGAAGGCCUUCCCAUCUCUGACAAUGGUACCCAGCGGGAAUGUCAUGAACGGAUCCACAGCGACUUUGGUGGCUGGUACCGGCUUCAACGCCACAAGUAAUUCGAACUUGUCAGCUGCGUUUAUCACGGUCACCGGGCCUGUCCACGCGCCUCUCAAGUCCGUGGGUAAUGGUCAUUUCGUCGUGACUAUUCCUGGAGGUGUCAACGGUCAGAGCUACAUUGUCUUGACCAGUGGCAUGAGCGGCGUGAGUGACGACAAUAUAGUGGCUGGUCCAGCCAUCGUUGAAGUUAUGUGA